AUGAACUUUAGCUCAAUCAAGAUCCAGAAGGGAAGAUUGAUCAACACGAUUCACGAGACUGCCAAGUUUGGUGCUCAUGGUGUUUGGGGCACAGAGUCUCCAACGCAAACUGGAGUGUGUCGUUUGGCUUUGACGGAUUUGGAUAAACAAGUGCGCGAUUGGUUUGUUCAGGAAACUACCAGUCUAGGAUGUUCUAUUAAAGUUGACCAAGUUGGUAACAUCUUUGCUACUUUUCCUGGUCAAAAUGAAGGCUUACCUACUGCAAUUGGCUCACAUUUGGAUACACAGCCCACUGGUGGGAGGUAUGAUGGUAUACUUGGAGUAUUAAGUGGCCUUGAAGUAUUGAGAACUUUAAAGGAAAACAAUAUUGUUCCCAAGUAUCCCAUCACACUCAUUAACUGGACUAAUGAGGAAGGUGCAAGGCUCCCCAUGAGCAUGGUGGCAAGCGGAGUGUGGGCUGAGAAAGUUUCAUUGGAAACGUGUUUAAACUUGGAUUCAUUAGAAGAAACUCCCAAGAAAUUUGGCGAUGAACUCAAAAGGAUAGGAUAUGCUGGUGAAACUUUGGCAUCGUACAAGCAAAACCCAAUUGCAGCACAUUUUGAACUCCACAUUGAGCAAGGUCCGAUUUUGGAAAACGAAAACAAAAAGAUUGGGGUUGUUGUUGGGGGCCAAGCAUUUGAAUGGAAUUUGAUUACAGUAAAAGGAAGAUCAUCUCAUUCAGGUACAACACCAAUGAACACAAGGUCUGAUGCCAUGCUAACCGCAUCAAAGAUAAUUACAAUGGCAAUCGAGACAGCUGAAAAGUAUGGAGGUUUGGGCACUGUCGGAACUUUAAAUUUACAACCCGCAUCGGUCAAUGUUAUACCAAAUGAAGUCUCUUUUUCCUUAGACGUAAGACAUGUCGAAGAUGAUGCUCUUGAAAGUAUCAUGAACGAGAUCAAAACCAAAGCUAAAGAAAUAGCUGAGCAAAAUAUUGGAUCAAAGUUUGCAAAGCCAUUAACCGUUAACUUUGAAAAUAUUACAACAUCAAAGGCUAUCAAAUUCAAUUCGAAAAACAUUGAAACUGUGAAACGAGCUGCUUUGCUGCUUUUUAAAGAAGACGAAGUAAGAGAAAUUGUUAGUGGAGCAGGCCAUGAUUCUUGCUUUACUAGUACGAGAGUACCUACUUCGAUGAUAUUCAUUCCAUCAAAAGAUGGUCUCUCUCACACUCCAGAGGAGUAUAGCACUCCUGAGGAAGUACACAAUGGAUUUGAAGUAUUGUUGCGUACAGUUUUGUUGUAUGACGAACAAAGGACAGAAUGA